AUGGCAGACACCAACGGCUCAGUCCAGGGCGAGCAGCCUCACGCAGAGCUUGCUCAAGAUGCCAGCAACCUGACCUCGCAACACGCGCCACCCGCUGAGGACGAACGUGCUGCCAAGAGGCAAAAGACCAACGACACAGAGCCCUCCGCCACGGCCGACCUCACCAUGGAGCACAGUGUGCCGGGAGAGGGCCUCCACGAUGCACCAGCUCAGCAGGAGAACAACGCUGAUGCCCCCAAGGUGGACAACCGCAAAACAAACGUCGCUCCCGUCAAGAAGGAGUACAUCAUUGAGCGCACGGGCGCACUCCCUGCUGGCACGGCCGCGAACAAUGACGACGACGAGGCAGAAGGGCGGACAGAUGCUCGAGACGCCAGAGACGACAGGGACAAUGGCGGCGGCGGCGGCGGCGGCAAGAAAGGCAAGGACAAGAAAAAGUCAAAGGGCGGGCAGAACACGGAACGCUCCUUUGGCUACGUCGCGGAUGCCAUACGACUCUGCAACAGCCGCGCCAUGUCCAACGAGUUCUCCCCGCGCGAGUGCAAGUUUGGCGAUCGCUGCAAGAUGGGCCAUGACCUGCGCAAGUAUCUCGACGAGGGCCGCCGGGAGGACGUCACCAUAUGGGACGGCCAGUGCCCCGUCUACGCCGCGCAUGGCAAGUGUCCCUCUGGCUGGAAGUGCCGCUUCGUCAAGAGCCACAUGCGCGAGGUCGAGCACACCGACGGCCGCAAGGAGCUCUGCCUGCUCGACAAUGAGGCGCCGCCAGGAGAGGGCGAGCCCAAGGACGAGCAGGCCAACGACGAGCAGCGACCCGACGUCUACAACGUCGUCGACAUGCAGAUCAAGACCGACCUCAACCGCAAGCGCACCGACUUCAAGCAGGCCGACCAGUACAUCCAGUGGCUCAACCAGCAGUCCAAGACCACCGACGAGUACCACCAGGCCCGCCGGGACGCCACCGAGGAGGACCUCCAGGCCAUCCGCGCCCGGUUCGUCGACCCCCCCUUUAAGCCCUCCGAGAAGCGUCGCCUGUACUUUGGCCCCGAGACGCCGGCCCUCGCGCCCCUGACGACCCAGGGCAACCUCCCCUUCCGUCGUCUCUGCGUCGAGCUCGGCGCCCAGCUGACCUACUCCGAGAUGGCCAUGGGCAUGCCCAUGAUCCAGGGCUACAAGGCCGACUGGACCCUCCUCAAGGCCCACGAGUCUGAGAUUGCGCCGCCGACCAUCUCCCCGACCGCCAACAUUGUCCACGACUACGACCACGCCCGCGACCUCCGCUUCGGCGCCCAGGUCUCGGCCAACCAGCCCUGGAUAGCGACCAAGGUGGCCGACGUCCUCCACCGCUUCGUCCCCCACCUCCGCCUCAUCGACCUCAACUGCGGCUGCCCCAUUGACAUGGUCUACAAGAACGGCGCCGGCUCCGCCCUGCUCGAGUCCCACGGCAAGCUCGAGCGCAUGAUCCGCGGCAUGAACACCCUCUCGGGCGAGAUCCCCAUCACCGCCAAGAUCCGCACGGGUGUCCGCAACAACCGGCCCACCGCCCACCAGGUCAUUGAGAAGCUGGCCUUUGGAUCCCGCGAGCAGCGCGACCGCCUCGGCGCCCCCGGCUGCGCCGCCAUCACCCUCCACGGCCGCAGCCGCGAGCAGCGCUACACCAAAAAGGCCGACUGGUCCUUCAUCGCCGACUGCGCCGCCCUCAUCCAGGGCUACAACGACAAGAGGGACAGCCUCACCGACACCGCCGCCGAGCCCGACCCCAGCACCCUCGCCAACGGUGGGCACCUCUACUUCCUCGGCAACGGCGACUGCUACUCCCACGAGGACUACCACCGCCACGUCGCCGACGCCGGCGUCGACUCCGUCAUGAUCGGUCGCGGCGCCCUCAUCAAGCCCUGGCUCUUUGAGGAGAUUGAAAAGGGCCAGUACCUCGACAAGUCCUCCACCGAGCGCCUCGGCUACAUUGAGAAAUUUGUCAAGUACGGCCUCGACGCCUGGGGCUCCGACGAGCUCGGCAUCCAGUUCACACGGCGCUUCCUGCUCGAGUGGCUGAGCUUCACGCACCGCUACAUCCCUGUCGGGUUGCUCGAGCGCCUGCCCCCGGAUUUGAACGACCGGCCGCCCGCGUACAAGGGGCGCGACGAGCUGGAAACGCUCAUGGCGUCCAACAACUACCUGGACUGGAUCAAAAUUACCGAAAUGUUCCUGGGCCCCGUGCAUCCAGGCUUCAAGUUCCAGCCAAAGCACAAGUCGAACGCGUACGAGGCGGAGGGGUGA